GGCGCGGUUGCCGCGGGGACGGGGCGGGGACGCGGCCCGAGGGCGGAAGUGGGAAAGUUGCGGCGUCCUGGGCCGAGUUGCCGGAGCGCGCGGCGCGGCCAUGGGGGGCUCGGGCAGCCGCCUGUCCAAGGAGCUGCUGGCCGAGUACCAGGACCUGACGUUCCUGACCAAGCAGGAGAUCCUGCUAGCGCACAAGCGGUUUUGUGAGCUGCUCCCCGGGGAGCACGUGAGCGUGGAGGAGUCCCUGCAGGCCCGGGUGUCCCUGGAGCGGAUCCUUAGCCUUCCAGAACUCAAGGCCAAUCCCUUCAAGGAGAGAAUCUGCAAGGUCUUCUCCACCUCCCCUACCAGAGACAGCCUCAGCUUCGAGGACUUCCUGGACCUCCUGAGCGUGUUCAGUGACACGGCGACGCCAGACAUCAAGUCCCACUACGCCUUCCGCAUCUUCGACUUCGAUGAUGACGGGACCCUGGACCGGGAAGACCUGAGCCGGCUUGUGAACUGCCUCACGGGGGAGGGGGAGGACACGCGGCUCAGCGCAGUGGAGAUGAAGCAGCUCAUCGACAACAUCCUGGAAGAGUCAGACAUCGAUCGGGACGGGACCAUCAAUCUCUCCGAGUUCCAGCACGUCAUCUCCCGUUCUCCGGACUUUGCCAGCUCCUUUAAAAUUGUCCUGUGACACCACAGUCCCUGCCCCGUCCAGGAACGCGCUGCUGCCCUGCCGGUACUCCUGUGAGGUGCAGGCUCCCCUGGCCGGCCCAGCCCGGAGCUGCCACGGCGGUUAGCCCCCAGCAGGUGGAGCCCCCCCAUCCCCCACCACAGUCAUCGGUGUGUUUCUGCUAAUGAAUAAUAAAGCAUGAGGAGUGUGA